CGCCCACUUACUUCUACGCCGGCUGAGCGCUGUUGUUUCUCUGCGGGCACCAGGUGACUUGCUCUGGAGCUGCUGCAACUGCCUGACUCCGGGAUGCACGGACUGGCAUUGGAAAUGAGAGGGAAAUCAAGCUCUGUUUCAUCCCGGUUGUGAGUAUGCUAUGUGUGUGUGUGUGUGUACAAUGGAAUUGCUGAAUGGGUCUCCCUUAACAAAUAAUUGGUCUUUGAUGGUCAGGAGUAAGAAGUGUGUUAGCUUUGUGUUGAACAAAGAGGGAAAGAAACAAGAUAGCCUUGUUAGAAGCAAGGAGAAAAAUGUGGUGUUUGUUGUUGUUGUUUUUAGCUGAGGUGGUUGCAGUUUGAGUUGGGGGUUGGCCUGGUGUUAUUUAUUUAUUUAAUAAGAUGUGAAACACAUUGGUUGUAGCCGAUAAGUGAAUACUGUUGUUACUGUGAAAAAUAAAUUGACGUUGUGAAAUAAAGUGGGGAUAAAGGAUUAAAUUAUUGGUUUAAAGAGGCUAUCAAUUCUUCUUUUGAGGAUAAAGGAUUCAUCUGAUUUAAGGAAAAACUGUUUCUUGAUGUACAGCGAUAGGAUAAUUAAGAUAAUUGAAAUGAACACACUUGUAAUUUUUAUACUGGGCCAAUUAAUGAGGUAAUAACAGUAAAGACUAUUUUAAGCCUACAAGUUAGUGUUAUCUUACAUGAUUGAAUUAAUUAUCUAGAGUGACAGUAAAUCAAUAGAAGAUGGGAGAGUUUGAAAGCAGAUCUAAAUCAUCUUCAGGAUUCCUUCCAGAAUGGAGUUUGGCCUUCUGGACUCUGUGUUCAGUGAUGGUACCAGUCAUGAUCACCUUGUGGUGCAGUUUUCGGCGAUCUCGGAGGCAAGGACUUCUGCAGGAUAUCUUGCAUAAAAGCAAGCAUGAUUGGCAAGGUAUAGACUUCUUUAGCCAGCCUACCUAUUGCUGUGUCUGCACUCAGCAUAUUCUCCAGGGAGCUUUCUGCAACUGCUGCGGCCUGUGUGUUGAUGAAGAAUGCCUGAAGAAAGCUGAUGGUCAUUUCCUAUGCAAGGAAAUUGUGCCAAGAAGCCAAGAUGGGAGACCGGCUUCUAUGAUGCACCAUUGGAUCCGAGGCAAUGUUCCACUGUGUAGCUACUGUGUGGUGUGCAAACUACAAUGUGGUACACAACCCAAGCUCUGUGAUUACAGGUGCAUUUGGUGCCAGCAAACUGUACAUGAUGACUGUAUGCAGAAUUCUUUGAAAAAUGGGAAGUGUGAAUUGGGAGAGUUUCGCAACCUCAUUAUCCCCCCAACUUACUUGCUCAAAGUCUGUCAGAUGCGUAAAAGUAAACACAUGAAUGACUACAAGCUAUCUGAGUCUUAUGGGAAAAAUUGGACCCCAGUAAUAAUUCUGGUCAAUACUCGGAGUGGAAACAAUAUGGGGGAAACGCUGAUAGGGCAAUUCAAGAUCUUAUUAAAUCCAAUUCAGGUAUUUGACCUAACCAAAACAGCUCCAGCAAAAGCACUCCAGCUUUGCACCUGGCUACCUAGCAAUUCUGCCAGAGUCCUUGUUUGUGGUGGAGAUGGCACGGUGGGUUGGGUCCUGGAUGCAAUUGAUGGCAUGAAAAUAAAGGGACAAGAAAGGUACGUCCCUCGGGUUGCGAUUUUACCCCUGGGCACAGGUAAUGACCUAUCAAAUACCCUCGGCUGGGGCGCUGGCUAUGCCGGGGAAGUUCCAGUGGAGCAGAUUCUACACAACAUCAUGGAUGCAGAUGAAAUCCGGUUAGACAGGUGGAAGGUUCAGGUAAUAAACAAAGGAUACUACAACUUAAGAAAAUUGAAGGUAUUUACCAUGAAUAACUAUUUUUCGGUAGGGCCAGAUGCCCUCAUGGCUUUAAACUUCCAUGCGCACCGUGAGAAGACGCCAUCUCUUUUUACUAGCAGGAUUAUCAACAAGGCUGUGUAUUUUUUUUAUGGAACCAAAGAUUGCUUAGUUCAGGAAUGUAAGGAUCUAAACAAAAAGAUUGAGCUAGAGUUGGAUGGAGAGAAGAUCGACUUGCCCAGUUUGGAGGGGAUCAUAGUGCUAAAUAUUGCCUACUGGGGAGGUGGCUGUCGAAUAUGGGAAGGAAUGGGGGAUGAACUUUAUCCUCUAGGAAGGCAUGACGAUGGACUGCUGGAAGUCGUUGGAGUCAAUGGCUCAUUUCACUGUGCACAAAUUCAAGUGAAGCUUGCAAAUCCUGUCCGGCUGGGACAGGCCCAUACAGUAAGGUUGAUCUUGAAGAACUCAAAGAUGCCAAUGCAGGUGGAUGGGGAACCCUGGGCACAAGGCCCUUGCGCCAUCACUAUUACCCACAAGACCCACGCACUGAUGCUCUAUCACUCAGGUGAACAGACAGACGACGACGUGUCCAGUGUGUCUGAACAGGAGCCGACAAAAGAUCAAACCGAUGAAGACACAUAGGUCUUGAUCCAGGUUCGGCCUGCUAACUAGUAAUGGUAGUUCAGCAUGGCUUUUGCUGGAAAAAAAACCUUGCACUUUGAUCCUGGCUCUCACAGAGGCUGUACCAUCUCUGCUUUUACGAACGGCACAGGAAUAAUAAAAAGCUAGACUUUCGAGGUGUAUCCCAAAAUCUGAGCCAAGUUCAGCAGUCAUUCCUGCUUUGAUAUAUAUGUAACAUCAAGAAGAAGAAAAAUAGCAGGGUGGAGGAACCUUUCGUGGUAACUGUUUACUGAUUACUCUCUUUAGUAGUCCCUGAAAAAGUAUGUAUAGACCUGUGUAAUAGUAAUUGUUACCAGGUUUGUAAUUUGAGGCUUGAAGGCAGUUUUUCCAUUAACUGCACAAAGCCAUUUAUUGGGGGGUGGUUUUCAAAUGCCAUCCUCAUGCAGACAUAGCACCACUGCCUGAUCAGGAAUAUUAUAUGGAAUCGGCUGCUCUUUUUCGCUCCCUUCCUCGCCUCUUUUGGUAAUGCAUUCCUUUUUUUCUUCCGGACCAUAACAUGGCGUGGUGCCAGGACCAUUAUUCUUGUGCUUUCUUGGAAAAUGGAAGGGUGAAAAAUGGGGAAAAUUUGUAUGAGAAAAGAAACCUCAAGAAAAGGUUACAGAGCUCUCCUAUGGGCAAAUCUAUGUCUGCAUUAGGUUCACAGUCAGCUUCGAGUUCAGUUUUGUUGAAUAAAUAGUAGUAUUGGUGACAAAUAUGCUGCAGACCAUGCCAGUUAAUAGUCUUGCCUUUUUUGCGAUCCUGAAUAGAGGGAGGAUUAGAUUUGUAUGCUGCCUAUCCAGUCAAUACUGAUAACAUAUUUGGAGUUCUCAUAGGAAAAUGUUCAUUGUUUGGGCUAUUAAUCUUGCUUCCGUACUAGCUGUUUUAGAGGGUGUGUUUUUUUUACGAUGUGCUUUGUUUCUAAUGUCUGUUACACUGAUUUAUUUAUAGAAAGGGCAAUUCUGAUUAGGACUCCUCGAUUAACUGUUACAACUUUGGAGAUUACUUUUAGAGUCAUUUUAUAGGAAACGCAGGCUGCUGCCAGAAUGCAAAAUGUAAGGAAGUUAGCAAAGACCUUGCAGGAUCUUACAGGAAUUUAGAUAAGAACAAAGAUACACUGAGAUUUCAGCAUUGUUGUUUUAGAACUUAGAGAUGUAUGAGAAUAGGUGAUUUUUGUGGUAUUCCAGCUAUUUGUAUUACUGUGUUUUUAAUAGUUUGGCACUUUCCACUGGAAACAAAAAACUUGCCGCCUCCCGAUAACCCCAAAAAUUGCCAGCUUUUUGACAGCCUGGAUAUUUGAAUGAGAAUAGGGAGAUCAGUUUUAUUAAUUUCCCCCUCAAUCCUCCAGUAUAGUAACCGCAUUAUUCCGGGCGGUAGGGGGGGCUAACAUUCUGGAGAUGCUUGUCAAGGGCUACAUGAGUGGGGGAGUUAGAAGAAUCUGUUAGGGGAAUGUACUUGCUCAAAGGAACACUGGAUCUAAAUAGGUAUAAGGUGAGCAUGCUUAAAUUAUUGUACACAGCUGCUAUUGCUUUACUGUAGGCACAAUCUAUCAGGAUUUCUCUAUGCCUAGACCCUACUAAAAUAACACCUGCACAGGGCUAAAUUUCUGUUGAUAAGACACAUUCCUAGUAAAUUGAGCCAUUGAUCCAAACACUGGUUUUCUUGUCCUUUUAGGAAAUUUUCCAUGUGUCUCUCCCUUUUGAAAUAACUUUUAAAGCUUACUAGCCAUUUGAGUAGUAUAAAACCAUGUUUUGAAACUAUUAUAUAGCUUAAAUUAAGAUUGAUUCACUUACCAUAUUUUUCGGAGUGUAAGAUGCAUUGUUUUACCCCCAAAAAGAGGGUGAAAAUCUGGGUGCAUCUUAUAGUCCAAAUGUAGCCCCGCCCAGCCUCUGAAACGGAGGUUUGAGAGGCUGAAAAAAAAGCAAGGCGCAGAGCUCACAACCAACGAACCUGUUGCUAAAGUUCACCUCUGGGAACAGCUGAUUGGGGGUAUUCUGGGAGGCUGAUCCACCCCCAAUCAGCUUUUUUCUUAUUUUCCCCCUGCAAAACUAAGGUGCGUCUUAUAGUCCGAAAAAUACGGUGCUUGGUGGUGGGGAAGUAUUUAAAUGUUUUGAUAAAUCAGGCACGUUUAAAUAUUUUUGUGGGACUUAUACCAAUACAUGAACUAAUAUGUUGAAUAUGAGGGUCUUGGUUACUUGUAGCUGAGUGAAUGCAAAGGACAAGCAUCUGUUAGAGGCAGCAAGAGUAUAUGUGUGUUGAACCGUUUUGUUCACUGUUGCAAUUUUUCAGUCUUUUUGCUACCUGAUGAUUAUCAUAGUAUUUAUCAUAGUAUUAUGGUUACUUUAAUAGUUUAUAUGGAUAAGUAUUCAUAGGAUAUUUGUGUCCCUGAUUAUCUUCUGUUUAUACCAGAUUUAUUUAUUAAUUCAAUUUAUAUAGCCCCCCCCCCCCGCAUCUCACCAAAAGCACAGCAACAGAUAUAUAAACAUCCGUAUUGAAAACGUAUCUCCAGCACAAGAUAAUAGUAACAUACAAACAGUUUAUGUAAGCAGUGCCACUAGGUGAAGUGCCCUCCAGUACUUCAGAGCAUUGCUAGUCAGAUCAGGUGGCCUGCAUUUCUCUUGCAUUGGUUGUACAGAAUGCCCCCAUCCUCUGUGACAUCCUCACUGGGGGAAGAUGAAAAACGCCCUUGUUUCUUCCGAUGCUUUCUCAAAAGCAGUUAUAAAACUCUUGCCAUUAAUCAGAAUAAUGAGAAAAGACAUGCAGAUGGUCCUCAAGUUACAACUCGUCACUUGAUGACAGUUCAGAGUGAUUAAGCAAAAUUACAUACCGCCCAUCCUUGAAGUUAUGGCUGCCGCACCAUCUCUGCUCUCCCAUGAUGGCAUUUCGGGCAGGCAGUUGGUAACUUGUUUGCACUUAGCACUAGGUUGCACUUAGCACUAGGUUGCUAAGUGUCCUGAGAUCGUGUGAUUGUCAGCCGUGGUGGUGCAGUGGUUAGAGUGCAGUACUGCAGGCUACUUCUGCUGGCUGGCUGCAGUUUGGCCGUUCAAAUCUCACCAGGUUCAAGGUUGACUCAGCCUUCCAUCCUUCUGAGGUCAGUAAAAUGAGGACCCAGAUUGUUGGGGGUAAUAGGCUGUAAACUCUGUGAACUGCUUAGAGAGGGCUGUAAAAGCACCGUGAAGCAGUAUGUAAGUCUUAAGUUGUUGUUGUUGUUGUUGUUGUUGUUGUUGUUAUUAUUAUUAUUAUUAUUAUUUAUUCGAUUUUUAUACCGCCCUUCUCCCGAAGGACUCAGGGCGGUGUACAGCCAAAGUAAAAACAGACAAUACAAUAUACAAUUUAAAAUACAAAUUAAAAAACUUAUUUUAUAACUGGCCUAAAAAACUUUAAAAUAUAUAAAAAACUAAAAACCCUUAAAAUUACUAAUAGAAAAUUUAAAAAUCAAUAAAAUUUAAGCCAGCUGUUGCUGUUACUAUUUGCAAUCUUCUCUUCCUGGUUUCCCCAGAAAGCUAGUGCAGAAGCCACCAGGUCUCUGUUGCCUGCAAAAGGGAUUCCCCUCCUCUCCUGGAAGUGGAGGGGAAAUCCUGCAUGGGGCUGGAGAAACAAAGACCUUCAAGAUUGUCUCCAGCCUAGCACCAGCGUCUCCCCCGCCCCCAUGCACGCAGAAGGAAACUCCAGCACUGGAGUGGAGAAAAGAAGCUUGCGUUCUGAAUAUCCGAUCAUCUUUCUAAUCUUUCUACCCUUCAGAAAAGGGUAGAACCAUAAAAACCAGAAAACACAAUGUUUCCGAACAGUAAAAAAGGCUUUUUCCAGCCUUCCUUGCCUUCAGAAACAUCGCAAGAGCUGGAGGUUUUUUCCCCUCAUAAUUGUUCUAAAAGCUAGCAGACUCCCUUUUCACCAUUCAGAAACAUCAUGUUCUUAGCUUUCUAUUUUUUCCAGCUUUCUAUUAAUCAGAAAACUCACAUUCGCUACCUUUCUAACCAGAAAGCUAGCAAUUGCAAUGUUUCUGAAGAGUAGAGAGGCUAACACACAGGGGAGGAGAGCAGCUGUGCUGGGGGAGAGGAAAAAUUUGGUAGACCGUAGCUUCCUUUCUCUGGCCCAGCAUGGUGGCUUCCUUCCGCACGCCGUUGGGGGGGGAGAGAAAGUCUGAAGUGAGCCAGAGAAAUGAAGCUCAGAUGUUUCGAAUCUUUGUAUGACAGGCAACCGUUUCGAUCCGUCCACUUAAUGACUCAUGCAGUCGCUUAGCCGCUGCACUUGGAGGACUGAGGUUGUGGUCUUUGAGCAAGGCGGUCACCUGAGUAUCUCGCUUAAAUGACUGCAAUGACUUAUGACCAGAAUUCCGGGCCCAAUAGAAGUUGUAAGUCAAGGACAACUACUGUAUAUGAAAAAAUCUACGCAUAUGCACUUUAUCAGCAGUAGACCAAGAAACAAACAUUGAAGCAUCUAGCUAGCUCUUGGACGUGAUGCUAGACACACAGAUCUAACCAUUAGAGGCAUUUUUCUUUAUCUGAAUUGUUACAUUGUUUUGUAAACCUAUUUAUUGACCUCUGUAUUUUGAUUUUGAGUGUCCUGUCGUUUAUAUGGAUUUGAAAAUAAGUUGACAGAACUCUGAGUUUUGUUGAAUGACUUGCUAUUUCAUUUCUAUUUCUGUUACCUAGAGUAUUUAAUUCUUUCAGAAGCGUAAGGAGCAUCUUGUGUCCAUAGCAGACAUAAUCAAUUCCAUGUAGUUAUCAAGAUAACGGACCAAAUACAAAUGAAUUCUAUAUAAGCAAACUGUACCUCUUUGGCUCACGUUUUUCAGUGAAGAAGAGAGAGAGGCUGGUCAUUGUAUCAUUUAGUAUCUGUAGUUUGAAGUGAGGUUUUAAAAAUCUGUAAAUUGAUUAGAGUUUACUGAUGCUCUCUUGAAUACAAAAACUAUAAGGUGUUUGUUUGUUUGUUUUUUGUUUGAAACAUAACAGACACUGAGUACUUAACAAUAUUUGCUGGAUCCUUAAAUGGGUUGUAGAACUUACGUCCCACAAAGCCAAAGUGACUUUUGAUGCAGAAGGGACCACAACAUUGCAAAUGGGUUGCACAGGUUGUGCACUGUUGAUUGUGCUGGGACUCUCAAAGACGGACAAGAGGCAGUUGUUCGUCUCUGGUGGAAUAGAAAGGGGCUGUGAUACACAUUCUUCAAGCAUCUGGAUAACAUGGUAGAAGCAACCUCUUUUUUUUCGAGAUUAUAAGGCAUUGGAUGACGGCAUAGUUCACUCUAUGUGUGGAUUUGUUGCUCCACUAUUGGGUGGUGCUCUUGGACUAUAAAUGGAAUAUCAUUUAUGGGGAAACCAUCGCUGGGCAUAUUCUCGCAGAAGGUCUGCACAUCGAUGCAGAUUAAGUUUACCAGACUGAAGGUCAUGGGCAAUCCAGGAUCAAGGUGUCAGUUCCCAUUUUCAAUUCUGGAAGAUGUUGCACAGCGAAGUCUUAACAAGGUGGAUCACUAUGAAACUAGGGUCAGAAUCAAGAACUGAGCCUGCCGGAGAUAGUGGAUGGUUGGAAGAUGAAGGUAGUUGUGGUGGAGAACCUGAGGAUGGAAGGGUCAGUGAUGGAGGAGCCCAUUUCAUGAAUUGGAAAUGCUUCUUUGGGCCUCUGACAAGUGAUCUGGAAAGUAGGGAGCCAGUAGAGGAAAAAGCUCCUUCUUGAGCAUCCCAGUAAUUCCAGCUUUCCCUUAAAUCGGUUUCCUCCUCACUUGCUCCUUUGCAUUACAGAGAACUUCAUGCACAUUCUUCAUACACUUUCCUAAGGCGGUUUGUUUUUCUUUGAGCAAGAGGAAGAAGCCCAUUAAUUAAAUGAACUGGGAUGAUAUGUAACUUAACUGUCUGCACAAAAGUUCCUGAUUUGAAAUUUGGAUUCAGGGUCUACCCUGUUGUCGGUGGGGCUGGCUGGCUUCUCUCCAUCCCUUCCUCCAAGUUGCAGGCCCUGCUUUUGCUCCCGGAUGCCUUUCGUGGCAGAGUUUGACCUUCCCAUUCAGGUGGCAUCUGGGCUUGAGUGUUCUGUGUUUCUACAGGGACAUUUCUGGCUCCUGAUUUGCCUUCUUGGCAAGUACAAUGCAGGGCCAGGCAACAUAUUUCAACUUAGGGGCUGGACUUUAUUAAUAUACGGGUAGUCCUUAGUGGCUUGAUGACUGAAGAUCCACGUGAAGCAGGGUGAGGGUUGGCAUUUGCAGCAAUGCCUCGACGUAUUGCAUCCAUUCAUUCAAAAGAAAUACCAUAUUGGGUUUUUUUUAAAAGGAAGCUCUUAUCAGGGAGUGUUUCUUUUCUGCAAUUACCGCAUCUGUCUCAGGUUUCAUUGUGGAAACCUGAUGUUGUUGAAUACAAAUCUAUAUAGCUGCGGUGCAUUCUUUAGAAUCUGAUGUGUAUGACCGGUCUGCAUGUUUAGUUUGCAUUAUUAAAAAAAAUAUUAAUAGUUAGCUUAAAGUGAAUAUGGACAAUCAACCCCAAAAAGUAUAGAUGGAAGUGACUGUAGCAUAUAAGGAAUGACCGCCCCUAGAAUGCUUCAAAGCCCCCGUUUUCUAUGUGGAUUAAUUGGGAGAUAAGAUACACUUAGCAUUGUAUCUGCUGUCUCUACCGUUCUCAUUACCCAUCUUUGUGUUGAAGAGGCAGUUGUGUGUCCCAUUAGUAUUGUGUUGCUUUGCUGGGGCUAUCUAAGGUAGGAUGUUGGAAUUACCUGGCAUUUCCUAAGGAGGUAUCGCGUGUCCUUGAGUGCUCAGCCAUUGUGCUUGAAGCAAAAGGAAGGAUAGCCAUAUUGCAUACACAGUAAGGGAAUACUUUCCUCGGCUGUGGUUGACUACCUUAUUGAACUGCAUCCGAAACUGAAUGGCAAGUGAGGGGAAGCUACUGGUCCCCCAGAAGAGGCUGAAGUACAGUGCCUUGCAGCCCAACCAGCAGAGCUCAAUGGCAACUGGUGGUGAACGGUAGCUAAAAAGCCAUCCGGGUUUCCCUUCCCAGUCUAGGAUUGACUUAUAUUUUGCUGAUUUACAGGAGUUCUCUUCCCUUGAGUAUUCCAGUGGAAAUGUGGAAUAUAAAUCAGAUAAAGAAAUAAAAGCAAGGAAAUGAAAUACGUAAAGAGAACAUAAAGCCAUACUCCCGGGGGCUUCUUCCAGUUUCAUUUCCUUCUGUAAAUCCAUCCAUCUAUGAUGGGACGUCUAAUAUUUUGACAAUAAAUAGCUUAUUUUCCCUGUUCUGCAUGAGAUAUUAUUAGAGAUCUCUAAUAAUGGCUUAUUUUAGGGGCCAGCUUUAAGAGUUACACAGUUGCUGUGCUAUAGAAGCAGGGCUGGCUGGUUAAUUAUGACUGUGUUAAGAUGGUAUAGAAAUAUUUUUGGUGUCAACUUUCAUGGAGAUAACCACUUCUGGUCAGAUACCUGAAUUUCACAGUAGUUUGGUUUUUUUUUUAGCUGCCAUAUUGUGAAAUUAGGGGACGUUUCUUAGUUGGUCUAAAGGACCAACUGACCUACCCGAAUACCUCACUUUGGUAUAGCCUGUGGAUCUUUUUGUUUCUAGUUUACAUAGCUUUCCUUUAGUGGAAAUCUCUACCACUUUUUCUACCUGGGUUAAGGUCUUCGGACUGCAGCCAUCUGCUUUCUUAAUUUUGUAUUUCUAUUUGAAAUGAAAGAAACAGAAAGCCAUUCCAGAAUCCUGUUAAGCCAUUUGAAAAUAUUCUUGCACAUCUUUCUCUCCAGGUCUCUAUCUCCAUUUGGAGCUUCAGCACGUGCAAGAAAAAAUGUUUUUGAUCAUUCCAUGCAUAAGCAAACUGGGGUCCUGGGCUUUCACACACACACACACACACACACACACACACACACACACACACACCCCUCGCCCCAGCUGCUAUUUGGUGAUAUUAUCUAACAUUUAUUCUGUAAGUGAAGUUAACUGAAUGUUUGAUUUUUCCCAGUGGAAAUCUUGGUUCAAGUACAUUUUUCUUCUCUGAUAUUGAGAAAAACGGUUUUGGUCUGCAUCUCAGUUUACGUUUGCUCUAACUUCAUAUGUUUGACUACUGACACAAGGACUGCUUUUAACAAAACCCUUCAGAACAUCUGAGAGUACUUGCACAAACCCUUGACUCUCAUGUGGUCACGUCAGGGAAACUUUUACAUUUUUUUUCCCCAAAUAAUUUUAUAUUGCUUUUCAGUAUUAAAGAAGCUAACAAUUUUUUUUUAAUUACAAAUAAGCUAUGAUAAGGAAUACCUGUAGGAUAGUUUCCUAGCUACUUGUAUCUAUCUACCCUGGUUCUGGUAUACGUUUGGCAGCUGUAGAAGCGAAGAAACGAAACUUAAAUCUAGAGGGAAUUACUUUGCGCAUAGGUUCCAUUGCAAACAAGACUACAUUUUGCUCUUGUCAUUAUAAGGCAUUUCCCCCCCCUAUUUUUUUUCCAUCAUAGAAAAGUGAAAACAUGGUAGCACUUAUUUUAGAGGUGUGUCUUCGAGAACGUCUGCUUCAUACUUUCUAAACACUGUUUUUAAGAAAUACUAUUUUCAUACCUUUGAGACAUCUAUGAAUAUUCCCUAAUAUGUCUGUCAAUAAAUCUUGUAUUUGUCUAUGUAAAUUUAAACGGAAGAAAAUCUGUGUGUUUUGGAAGCCAUGUUCUACUCUUUCAUAUGCCAUCUCGAAUGCCUACUUCCAUGAGCUAUAAUAAAGUAACUUUGGCACCUAA